GCUGUAAGUCACUCCACGGAGGGCAAACUGCAACCAGAUCGACUCACAGGAGAAGGAACUAAAAAACAAUCAAGUAAAAGGAGCUGGAACUGAAGAAAGAUCGACACACAGGAGCAGUUAGUGAAGGAAACUCACAGAAGUCACAGAAGUGUCAAGACAGAAGUAAAAGGAAAGCCAGGAAAUCAAAUAAACUAUGUUGUUCAAAGUCUUGCUGCUCGCACUGCUGGCUACUCUGGGCAGUGAUGCAAAGCCCCAACUGCUGGUAACAUCGCCAGUGAAUUAUGCAACGGUAGGAGGAGGUACCUGGCUAGCUGCUGCUGCACCAUCGGCUUACUUUCCGACUUAUGCCAGCUAUCCGGCAUACGCGUCGUAUGCGUAUGCACCGGUUUAUGGCGCAUACGCCACGUAUCCAUACUACUCAUAUCUGCGACGAUGAUUCCAAGGAUAUCCGUUGAUCUGUUGAUCUGUUGCUAUUGUAAAACCUAAACAUUUUUGUGCUUUUUACUUGUUUUUUUUGUAACUUUAUUCGAUUAAAUUUACUCUUCUUUGUAUGUAAA